AUGGAUCACGAAGAAUGCAAAACACAAGGUAAUAACUACUUUAAACAAUCCCAAUAUAUGGAUGCAAUUAGAUGUUAUACACAAGCAAUUGAAUUAUCAAAUGGCACAAUUGCAGCAUAUUAUGGAAACAGAGCAGCAGCAUAUUUAGCAAUUUGUACAAAAUCAUCAUUACAAGAUUCAAUUAAAGAUUCAUUAAAAGCAAUUGAAUUAGAAAGAAGUUUCAUUAAAGGUUAUACAAGAGCAUCAAAAGCAUAUAUUCAUUUAGCACAAUAUGAUCAAGCUGCCUCAAUUAUUGUACGUGGUUUAGUAUUUGAUCCAAGAAAUAACGAAUUAUUACAAGAAAAGAAUCAAAUUGAUUCAAUACAAAGAACCAUUUCAUCACUCACCAAAGAGAAAGCUUUAUCAAAUCCAUCCUCAAGUUUAAAUCAAAUUGAAAAUGUACUUUCACAAUCAAAAUAUAAUACACAACUUCAAGUUUUAAAAGCAAGAGUGUUAAUAGAAUUAAAACAAUAUCCACAAGCUUCAAAUUUAAUGACUACAUUAUUACAAGAAGAUUCAAGAAAUCCAGAAUAUUUAUAUGUUAGAGGUUUAUCAUUAUAUUAUCAAAAUAAUUUCCCAUUGGCUCUUCAACAUUUCCAAAAUUCAUUAACAUAUGAUCCAGAUUAUUCAGAGAGUAGAGUGGCAUUAAAGAGAUUAAGAAGUAUAGAAUCAAAAAAGAAAGAAGGUAAUGAAUAUUUCCAAUCUAAAAAUUAUCAAGCUGCUUAUGAUUCAUUCACUGAAGCUCUUUCAAUUGAUCCAAAAUUAGAAACUAUGAAUUCUCAACUUUAUUCAAAUAGAGCUGCUGCAUUAGUUCAUUUAAAUAGAAUUAGUGAAGCAAUUAAUGAUUGCACAAGUGCAGUUACAAUUGAUCCAAAUUAUGGUAAAGCAUAUAUUAGAAGAGCACAAUGCCAAAUGAAACAAGAAAACUAUGAAGAUGCAGUUAGAGAUUAUGAGAAAGCACAAAGUUUAGAUCCAGAGAAUGGUGAAUUACAAAGAAACAUUAAAGAAGCAAAGAUUGCUCAUAAGAAAUCAUUAAGAAAAGAUUAUUACAAGAUAUUAGGUGUUUCAAAGGAAGCAGGUGAAACAGAGAUUAAGAAAGCUUAUAGAAAAUUAGCAUUACAAUAUCAUCCAGACAAGAAUAAUCAAUUACCAGAGGAAGAGAAAGCACAAGCUGAAAAAAUGUUUAAAGAUAUUGGUGAGGCAUACAGUGUUUUAAGUGAUGAGAAAAAGAAACGUCAAUACGAUAUGGGUCAAGAUGAAAAUGGUAUGCCAUUCGAUGCCGAUAUGGGUGGUGUUGAUAUCAAUAGUGUGUUCUCACAAUUCUUUAACCAAGGUGGUAUGGGAGGUGGUAUGGGAGGUGGAGGCUUUGGUGGCAUGGGAGGCGGAGGUUUCGGCGGUAUGGGAGGUGGAGGUUUCAGCGGUAUGGGAGGUGGUGGUGGUUUCGGUGGAAUGCCAUUUGGUUUCGAUAUGGGAGGUGGUGGCGGCUAUGGUGGCAUGGGUGGCGGUUUUGGUGGUCAUAGUGGUCAUUCUCAUGGUGGAAGUAGAAGUAGAUCCUCAAGAGGUGGCAAUGAAUAUAGAUAA